AAGGACGUCAAGGUUUCCCCCUGAGCGCCGCUCGCACUUCGGGAGCGUGUUGUUUGGGGAAUUGGGGAGGGAGGCGGUGUUGAGAUCCGAAGUCGAGUCCUGGGAAAGAGAGGGGAGAAGGGAGAAAACUGGGAAAGCUGCAGGAAGUAACUGGCAUGGGGAAAUAAGGAUUUUGGAAAACAGGUACAGUAGUUUCAACGCCCCCAGCCAGCUACCCGUGGUGUUUCUGGAUUUUUGAGUCAUCAUCAUUAUGGAUGGAGAAGCACCAGGUGCUGGGGAGCGUCUGCAAAAUCCUCCCAGAAGAGGCAGAAAACACGGAAACCGGAGGAGACAGAGAGAUCAGGUAAAAAUACAAUAGCCUUGUUAGUUGUAGCCCACCUUGGGAGGAUACCAUUUUCCUGUACUCCUUUUAAAAAAUAGAAUGAAAGAGCUUCUUAGAAGGGAGAAUUCUAAGACUGGCAACUUCUCCCAUUUCCUUGCAACCUCUAGUGAAAUUUUUGCACCUGUGCCAACUUUUUAAGAGACUGGAGCCCUGGAAAAGGAGGGUCUAUGGAGGACAGGAUUGGCCCUGCCCUCCACCUCUCCUAUAACUGCAGCCUGCAACAGUGAGGCUAACAGCAUCUGCAGGGCACAGUAUUUUUACCGCCUGCCCCAGGCUAGGGCUGAGGAGACCCAGGUUCAAUUCCUCCCUCAACCAUGAAAUUCACUUUACUGGGUUGUUGGGGGAAUUCCGCACAAUGUAUAUUUCCUUGUGCUCUCUGCAGAAAAUUGGGAGCAUAAAAUGUAAAAAAAUGUGAAUACUCGCCCUCUCACUGUUUGUUUCCAAACUUUGUUUCAGGAUGCAGGUGUUCGCCUCUCCAAGGCUCUUUCUUAUGUGCUGCGCCAUGGGGCAGAGAAGUUGGGGCUACAGAUGGGGCUUGGUGAGUGUUUCUGCCCUUCCACACCCCACAACACUGCCUGGGAAAAAGAAAAGGAAAAAACCUUCACCUGCUCCUGUUCUGCCAGCCACAGGAUAGUUAAAGGCAGAAGAGCCCUGCCAAAAGGAAAAGCUGGCAACCCUCAAAUGUGUCGUUUUUUAAAAAAUUGGAAGCCAAUUAUUGGUGGAGCAGGUUCUAAAGAAAACCUUGCCUAAAGCCCUGUUCAGAUGAACCACCCACCCACUCACUAGCCCAGCUGGAAUCAAUUUGGGACACACCCAGGCCCCCCCGCCCAGCAGGAAGGAAAUUUUUGCGAGGAGUUCCCUGCAGAGCACAGGUGACUUGAGCAGUGGAGCCAAGUUGCAGGGAAAGGGAAUUUAAUUCAGUCUGGAAUGGGGAAUCUGGUUCAUCCCAAGGGCCGCAUUUCCUUUUGGGCAACCUUCUGAGGGCCACAUGCCAGUGGUGGGCGGGGCCAGAAGCACAUGUGGGCGGAGCAAUAAAUGUACAUUUUGCACUUGUACACGGGACUCAUUUCUACACAUACACUCAACCCCACCGCUAUUUUCUGUCUUCUGUCCAGACAAGCGAGAGGCAUUAUCAGAGUUCAAGGACACAUUUCAGUCAGCCCCAAACAGAGAGAGGCGGGGGUGGCCUGGGGAGAGUUCUGAGGGCCACAUAGAAGGACCUGCAGGGCCACAUUCAGGCCCUGGGCCUGGGGUUACCCACUCUUGAAUUAAACUUUUUAAGAUGGAUUUACCUUUGGGUUCUCGAGCUGCUAUAACAUUUGGUGCCACCCUGAAUUAAAAUUGCAUCUGUUCCUCCGUUAUGCUCCAUUUUCACUAUUAACAUUGUGGGGAAUUUAUUUUAAAGCUUUGUACAUUAUUAGCCAUGCUUUUCUCACCUCAGUCCAGCUAGCUGGCUUGACAGCGCUGUCAAAGAAGGGAGUUCUUAAACGUUUUGUUCUUCCCAAACUGCAGAUGGCUUCGUGGAUGUGGCGGAGGUCCUUCAUCUGCCACAAUUUAAGGCUUGGACCCUGGAAGACGUGCAGCGCGUUGUGGAGACAAAUGAAAAGCAGCGCUUUGCUCUACGCCCCCACCCUUCCAGUGGGCAGCUCCAGAUCCGGGCCAAUCAAGGGCACUCGCUGCAGGUGGGGAAAAGGGUGUUGUUAUAUAUGGGAAUAAAAACGGGAAUGAGCUCCAAUUCCAUGCUAAAUGCUAAUGUGGUAUUAGCCUGAGUUUCUAGCCCUUAUGAGUUGUGGAGUGGGGAACCUUGGGCCUUUUGACAGUCCUGUUUUAUAUUUUUGAAUGUUUUUGCCUGAUUGGAAUGUGCCUGUGAACUAUUGAGUUCCUGAAUAUAGAGGGGUGUUUGUAAGGGUGCAUAGGAACUAGCCUACUAUGCCAGGAUAUAAUUUAUAUUUGUUGCUCUGCUCACUUUCACCUCUAACCCAGCCCAUCACUGGCAUGUGGCCCCCGGAAGGUUGCCUCAAAAGGAAUGUGGCCCUUGGGCUGAAAAGGGCUCCCCCAGCCCCUCCUUAUGGCAACAAACUUGAAAGUAUGUGGGCUCCCUCAGGUGAAACCUCAUAAACUGACCAUUAAUGUUCCAUGAACACACCAGGUGUCUGAACUGGAGUUGAUCCCACUACUGGACCCACGGGAUUUCCCAGAGGUUGUGGCCCAUGGCACCUAUCUGCGCCACUGGCCAGGAAUUCGCCGCAACGGCCUCUCACGGAUGGGAAGGACGCACAUCCAUUUAGCGCCAGGGUUGCCGGGGGAUGGAGCUGUCCGGAGUGGUGAGCAUACCGUUCCUCGAGUUGCAAAUCUGUGGUCUGCAGUGCCCCAACCCCCACCCCAAAAUAGAGAAAGAAAAACACCUGCCUGUGAAUUGAGAUUUUUGCCUAAGGACCGUCUCUGGCCGGUCGGGUUGGGGGACCUCUCUGCCCAGGAAGCUCCCUUGAACCACAUCAGACCAUUGGUCAAUCUGGAGCGAUAUUGUCUAACCAGCAGUGGGGAAGCUCUGACCCACAAGCCUCAUCAGGUCUGCCAGGCCUCUGGAUUUGGCCUGCAUCCUAGAACUCAUUUGUACUAUACAUUUAAAGCAGCACUGCACCGCUUUCAACAGUCACGGCUUCUCCCAAAGAAUUCUGGGAAAUGUGGUUUGUUAUAGCUGUUGCACACUGCUAGAAGACCCCAUUCCCCUCACAAAGCUCCAAUUCCCAGAGCCCACCCCCCCCCCCCAAGGAAGAGAUUGAUUGUUUAGCCAUUCUGAGAAUUGUAGCUCUGCGGCAAAGAUCAGAAAAAGUGGGACUGUCUCUGCUAAAGAGACACGACGGAAGUGGAUGACGGAGGCCCUUAACUGUGUUGUUUUUCCUUUCUAGGAAUGAGAAGCAACUGUGACCUGGCUAUAGUCAUUGAUGUUGCCAGGGCUCUGGCCGGUAAGUGGGAAGGAACUCGAGACUGUGUGGGUUGUGGGCAGUCUCUCCCUAUGGUGCUAGACUCCAGUUGCAAGCAUCCCUGCCUGUUGGCCUUCCUGGUGGGGCUGAUGGGAGAUGGAGAGCUGCAGACUCCCCUACCUCCACUGUAGGUCAAAGGAGGAAUAGGACAAGCAACCCUCUAACACAAUUCCCCACCCCUUUGCUUGCCGCCUGCUCAAAAGGAGGGUUUGUAAUGGGGCUGGCACCAUAGGGCAGCUCCCUGGGAGGGACCACUGCUGGCCUCACACAGAGACCUAGUGGGCACCCUCCUCAUCAGAUGAAGACUGUCCCUUCAGAGAAGCAAUUAGUUAACUGAAAUUUCCCAUAGCCCCAUAGUCUGCUGCCGUUAAGAAAUGGGACUGGGUUGCUGAAGGGUGUCACACUGGGGCCAGGGACACUGGGAGACUGAUCUCACUGCUUGCUAGGAUGAAUGACAUGGGAAGGGGGAGACCAGCCGGGCUGCCACCCAUCAUAUAUCGAAAGUGUAGCUGCAGGGAGUCUGCUCCUUCCCCUCCCUGCCGGAAAGAACUCUUGUAAGAAUGUUGUGAUUCAGAACUAGCAUCCAAUUUUGCUCUCCUCCUCCUCCCUCCCUCCCAAUUGCUUUUCCUUUUUUUAAAAAAAAAUUAUUUUUAUUAACUGGCCAAUCACAUCAAAUUAAAUCAUAUCACAUAAAUUCCGAAUUACAAAGCCGAAUUUUAAAUUUUGUUGGGGGGACCCAUAUUUCAAGGUCCGAAGGGGAAUUCUGAUCAUCUUCUUGCUGCUGCAUUAAUGUCCCAAUCAGUCCAAAUCAGUCCAAACAGAGUUCAUAAUUCUAUCCCAUCUUAUCUUGCUGUUUCCACAUCACAUCUUGUUCAUAUAUUUUCUCUUUUUUCUUUAUGAUCUCUUCUGAUAGUCUCCUUAAGCCAAUAAACACCAAUAGUAAUAAUAGUCCUGUGUGAAUUUUCCGUUCUUCCAAUCCUCAAAUCGAGAUGGUUUCCAUAUAUCAUCUCCUUCAUAGAUAACAUCACUCUUUCCAUCAUAGUCUCGUAAAACUGUCGCUCUUAAGUCCCACUGAGGAGUUUAACCCACAAUAUAUAAACAGCUCUAUUUCUCUCUUUCUCCUCCCAGACUCAAGACCUCCGACAGAACUUCCCAAUAUGGCGACGGCAUUUUUAACUGCGUCAUUCCAAAGCUCUUACACAUUCCACGCUCUUCUUAAAACGUGCUUUGGUUCGAAAGUUUAUUUCCACACAGCCUUAAAUCCACAGCUUAAGUCCUUAAAACGACAUUUCUGACUCGUGAGGGGAGGGGAUUCUUGUUUAAUCACAUAGGAAGAAAAGAAGGGAGAGUUUUUCCCCCCUCCCCCAUCAGUCAUUUGCCGUACCUUGUCUUGGCGUAUCUUCUCAUGUUUUAUUCUUAUCUUGUUUUGUCAGAGAUCUCUUCUGUUAGCAGUCUUUACUCACCCUUCUUUCUUGAAAUAUGUGCAUUCCUUUCAUCCAAAUUGUUUCCUUUGAAGUUCUACAUCUAGUGGCGCGAAUCAGGGACGGCGUCCAGGAGUGCCGAAAUCCCACAGGAGGGCUUUGUGCCUAGUGCCCCCACCCCCACAAAUUCGGGGGUGGUAUAGGGCACAGCAGGCAAGGGCCGUCCCCCCCACAAUCCUGGGGGGGUUAAGGAGGCUAAUUACCCCCAUCAUAGCCUCCAAAUUACCUCGUGUGGGUCAGAGAGAUGUUAUUGUCAGCCAUCUUCCAAUGCGCCCCCUAGUGCCCCCCCCCAAUUGCUUUUCCUUUGGUGUUGUGCCUUUUAGGUAGUCCUUGCCCUCAGGCUUGCAAUCUUGCUAGUUAUCAUUGUAAGCAGGUUUGCUGUUCUGGGUGCCUGUUUUUUAAUCCAAAGAGUGGUGUAAAACUACUUUGAAUAAAUGAAUGGAAUUCAAGCAUCCUAAAUUCUAGGGGGCCUUCCUCCCAGCCAGCAAAGCCCUCUCUGGAAUGGACUCCAGAGUUGCCUGUCAUUCAUCUCGCACCACGCUAUAGGGCAGGGUGAGGAAGUGGUUCUGGGCUUAACUGCCUCUCACCUGUGAAAUGUCUUCUCUGCAGAUGGAAUCAAGUUUUACCGCUCAGCUAAUGAAGUGAUCCUCACUCCUGGCGAUGCCAAUGGGCUGCUGCUCCCCUGCUACUUCAUGGAGGCCCUACAGCUCAAGCCUAGGCGUGAGUCGGGCAGCCUGCCUCUUGCCACUCUGGCCCGGGAGUGCUUGGGCAGCUUGUCAUUCAUGCUGCUGCAAAACCCAUAACUUUUGAGGCAUGCUGGGUGGGCUUGGGGGAGAAUGAAUGAAUUUUACACAAAUCUCGUGAAGGAUUUAGUUGCAGCUGCAUUGAAUUAGCACUUCAAGGUCUCGCUUGCUCUAACCCACAAGCCCUGCAGUGCUGCCUUUCUGGGCUGAGAUCACAACCAGAGUCCUGCACAUGUUGUUCUCUAAACCCACAACCCUCGCCAAUCCAAACCUCCCCGGAAGCCCUGGCAAUCGCAAGUACUUGUGCAUGAUAUAGUUGCUAUCUCACAUGAUUGACAAGGGGGUUGCCCUGUCCAUCUGUCAAAAUUCCAAAUUCCUGCACUGUGCUGCUGAGGUGGGCAGUGGCGGUGGCAGCACCAGAGUAGGAUGGUUGCUGAGGAGCCGCUGCGGCCUGUUGUGACUGUUCUGCCCCAGCUUGUUUGGGCCUCCAAUGCAGCUGUGAUGGGCCAGCAGCUCUCGGAAGGCUAGCCUCACUCUGCAGUCUACAGCACCACCUGUUGGCAGCCAAGCAAACAGUUGUAUGACAGCAACCCUAAGCAAAUACAAAAUUGGAGAAGAUUCCCACCCUUCCCCAAGUAGCUAUGGGCAGCAUGCAUAGUUCUCUCCCCUCACCCACUUUUGUCUUCACAAUCUUGUGAGAUAGGUCAGGGAGAGAGAGAGAGAGAGAGAGAACACAAAUGAACAUGACUGGCCAAAAAUCCCCCAGUGAACUUCAUGGCUGGGAUUGAAUCUGGAUGUCCCUAGCACUAAGCCUUUGUACAUCCUCAGGACCACUUUUGUUUCAUGUUCCUGUGACAUGCCUUGCAACUAAAAAUCAGGAGUGGAGGCUGCAAUCUGUAUACUGGGGGCUCAAUGCUUUUAUGGGGAGUCACACCAUGUGCUUUUUUUUGUCCCCCAGGGUGUGUGUUGUCCCUCAACUGUCCUGAUCCUGAGCCACUGGAUGCAUCUACCUCUUCGUAAUUUAUGGCACUUACAUUCAUUUCAAUGUAAAGGCUUUAUCCAAACACUUAAAAAGAAAAGCAACUGAUUACAUAUUGUUUGAAGUGAUGAUGUGAACAAAAUACUGAUUGUAUUCGCUCGACUGAUUUCCAUGCCAGGCCACAGACGUACUGUAGCAAUUUCUGCUUUUGUUUUUCCAUUGUACUUCUUUGGCAUCCCUUUUCCUUGUUGGGAUUCUUUUGGUUUUUUUUGGCUUUUCUCCAGCCUGCUGCUACCUCUCCAUUAUGUCUGGAUGGUGCUGUUUUGGCAGCGUAAGCACCAGUACUCAUAUCUGAACACAGAACAGAAGGAAUUAUUCACAACAUCCACCUGGAAAGCGAGAAGCGGAACAAAACAAAAGAGAAAACCAAGGAUAGACUACCCAUAAAUGAGGCGGAUAUUGUUUUUCAAGUGAACAGUGAGAUGAUAUGUUUAUUUCACGGAGACAAAACAAGUCAUUGUGGGAAAAUGUGGAGAAAGGACAAUGAGAAGCAUUACAAGUAUGUAUUUAUUUAUAUAUUUUUAUAGCUCCUUGGGAUAGAUAAUGAAAACAAAAAAAGCAAAUCCCCCAGCAAAAUAGACAACAAUACAAUUUUGUGACAUCAAAAUAUCCUUAAAUGCCCCCCACAACAAUUGCUGACUUAACGCUGAGCACACACACUCCCCCCGAGUGAACUGUAGGACUAGGAAGGUUCUGCAGGCUAUACACAUCCUAACAUAAUGCAAAAGGGCAGAUAUGGAUUUGGGGUGAGAGGCUGGUUCCAGGAAUUUGCGCAUCCCCUCCCAAGAAAAAGGCAUGACAAGACAUCCCUCCCUCUCUACCACAAGCACGCCGAUUGCCACACUCCUUAGAAUACAAUUCCUGCAGAUCUCUGCUCCUAUGCUCAUAUUGGGAAAUAUUUAUCACGCCCAGUAAGUAUUCCCAAGCCCUUAUAGGGCACAAUUGACCCCGGUUAAGAGUCUCUGAUCAGACACCUCCACAAAGAGACUGGCCUAGUGUGCGCAGUUUCUGGGGGAGCCCUAGGGUGUGGAAGAAGGUCAGAGAGCUUCAUGGCCUCCCGUCAGCUUGUGGAAGAGUUCUUCAUCCAGCGUCUGGCUCCUGUCAUUUGCGCGGGUGGACAAGAAGAUGUACCCGCCAAUGUACUCGUGCACGAUCUUGCAGCCAGCAGAAAUGCAGCUGAAGGCCACGUUGAUGUGCUCAUCAAACUCUAUGGCCACCUGGGGAAAGAAGGUUAAAAGCUGAGCUUGUGGACGUCUCUUUGGGUGGUCACCUAUGGUGCGUAUAAAUCUUGUACAGGCGAAUAAGCAAUAAAGUUUAAAGGGUUGUUCUCUUUAGGCCAAAACUGCAGUGGGGGGCGGGGAGGAAGACAUGUCCUUUUACUUGUGCAUUUGUCUCAAUCAAAUCUAAUGCAAGGAUAGGCAACGUUGGUGCCCUCCAAAUGUUGCUCAACUCACAACUUCCAUCAUCCACAGCCAAUGGUCGGGGACGAUGGAGCAUGGAGGCAGGGGCAGCCUGUCCUGUUUUGCCACUUAAGGGGAAAUGGGAAGGGCUGUGCCGUCGCCCACACUUCCUGCCCUCUCACCUGCACUGCUACGUUGUUAGUAAGAGUCAGGGACUGGCUACGAAAAAUGCAUAUUCAGAGAACUCAAAUCCCAAGCUCCCCACCCCACCGCUGACCUGCCGGAUAUCCCAGUUGACAUUCCACUGGCGCAUAUUGCUGAACCGCCAGGUCUUCACCACGUCUCCAACGGCCAGGUCAAUGCGGAUCAAGCGGUUGUUGGCGAUGCCCAAGAUUUCGUCCUUCCGGCUGCCCUUGAACCUGCACACAAAGAUGGCAAGGCUCUGCGUUUUUGCUUGCAUUUAUAAGGUUCCUCUACUUUUAAUCUAGAGGGAGUGUGUGAUUGAAGAGCUAAAGGCUGCGUCAUCACCAUCACUGCAGGGAGGGUGGGAGCUGCUACAAAUUUAAUAAAUAAUAAUAGCAAUAAUAAUUAUGGGGGGGGGGCUGGUUGCCUCUAAGAGCUACUACAGCCCCCUUCUCUACAUUUUCAAUCUUCAGUUUAAAAAGGAAAGCAAAUCGCUAGUCAGUCCUCAUGUUUUCAGUACAGGCAACUCCCCAUUUAUGCGGGGGUUGCGCUCCGAGGCACUGCGUGCAUCAGUGGGACACAGGUAAGCCUGUCCCUGCCCUGUUAUGCCACACACCCCUUCCUAGUGUCCAAAACUGCAUAUGCCAGCAAUUGUGCGCAUGUUGAAUGUGCGCAAAUGAGGAGUUACCUGUAAUAGAAGCAUUGCAGGUAUGCAGUGUUGAUACCUACUAGCCCAAUAGGAAGGAAUCUGCAGUUCGUUGGGGGAAUGAAUGCAAAAGUUCUGGGAUGGUAAGUGUUUUUACCUUUUUUGUGAUUUUUCAAAAUAAUAGCAACAAAGUUUUGCACUAUGAAAAAGUUAAUACAUUAAAUAAAGUAAGGACUGGACAUCCCUAUACAUUUUAUAGUAAACCACUUUGAGGUUUUCUACAAUCAAACGGUACAUAAAUCGCAUGAAUUAAAUAAAUAAAAAUGGUGUUGUGGCAUUACAAAGACUAAAAUUUAUAGUGACUUAAGCUUUGGUAGGCUAGAGUCCCCUUCAUCAGAGGCAGUUAAGCCGCAAAAGUUUAUGCAGCAAUAAAUUUGUUAGACUCUAAGGUGUCACAAAAUACUUUGUUGGGUUUGCUGCAAUAUAAUAGCUGAGCUACACCUCCAGAAUUUUUUAUCCCAAAUUAUAAAUCAUUUAUGCAGCUUAACAUUGUAAAGACAUGAUCCAGCCGUGAACUGCGCAAUUUUUAACUCCAUGAAUUUCAGUAAGAAAGUUAUCCAAAGCAAUUCCUAUUCAGGAGACAGGAGGAAGAUAGCAUCAGGAGACUUUGCCUAGCAAUGGGUUGUAUCUAAGCACAGUCUUACUCAGAGUAGACCCACUGAAAUUAAUUGGCAUGACUAACCUGGCUUCAUUAUUUUCAGUAGGUCUGCUCUCAGCAGAAUUUAGUUUGAUACAACCCGGUGUGUUUUAACAUGGGUUCAACUCUUUGGUGCUGAAAACCAACAGGAUUUUAAAUCUGCAUUUGGUUGUCCUUGAUCAUUAUUAAAAACAAAACAAAAUAACCAACAGAGGUUGCUCUGAUGCAAAGUCCAACAUCCUGCCUUCCAUAGUGGCCAACCAGAUGCCUCCAGCCAGCCAUGAUGGCAGUGGUUCACUCCUUUCAUUGCUCCUCAGCAACUGAUAUUCAGUGAUAUCUGUGCUUCUGAAUCUGGAAGUUCCAUUUUGCCAUAAUGACCAACAGCCCUAGAUAGACCUCUCUGGAUUUUUUGCAUGUCUUCUUAGAUGGUUUUAACACAGCAUCUGUCACCCUGUCAGACCAAAAGGCCCAUCCAAUCCAGCAUCCUGUUCUCACAAUGGCCAGCCAAUGUCUGUGGGGAGCCUGCAAGCAGGCCCUGAAUGCAAGAGAGACUCUCCUAAUCCCCGCUGCCAAUCUGUUAUUCUCAGCAACUGGUAUUCAGAGGUAAACUGCCUCUGACUCUGGAGGUAGAACAUAGCUAUGUUCUAUGCAUCAGAUGAAGGGCUCCCUCUUGUCUGCCUUCUCUGGUUUCACUGGUUGCCCCCAAAUUCUACUUAUUAUCAGAGGUGUGUGGGGUGUUGUGUGCUACACAUCAAUUUAUUUCAAUUAAACACCUAUCAUGAGAAAGGGAGAAGGAAAGACUUCUUCAGACAUGCAAAUAACUUCCAGAAGAAGCCUUUCAGAAUAAAAUAAAAUAAAUAACGCUGAAAGAUUUUUCAUUCUUGCUGUCGACACCAGCGGCAGGUCAUGAAAAGGUACUUCAGUUCCCCCCAAAUGGUUUUCAGGGAAGCUCAGCAGUUUCUUUACCUGACUACAAAAUAAGAGAUGCCAAAAUCGGGAAGCGACUGCCAAACUUGAAUAAACUUCAUCUUGGCAUCAGGGAGCGACAGCUGGGCCACGUUCUGGUAGGCCUCCAGGAUGCGAGGGGUUAACUGUGAGAGUUGCAAAGGGAGAGAUUAGUGCAAACCUCUUCCUUGGCCUCACAACCAUUGUGCAAAAGAAUUUAGUCAAGGUAUCUCAGGAGGUGUGUGAAUGCAUAGUGAAUCAACAAAGCAGCUUUGAAAAACCUAAGGCAGAUUUUAAUUAUGUGUAUUGUUUUUUUUAAGGGACGCGGUGGUGCUGUGGGUUAAACCACAGAGCCUAGGACUUGCCAAUCAGAAGGUCGGUGGUUCGAAUCCCUGCGACAGGGUGAGCUCCCGUUGCUCGGUUCCUGCUCCUGCCAACCUAGCAGUUCAAAAGCACCUCAAAGUGCAAGUAGAUAAAUAGGUACCGCUCUGGGGGGAAGGUAAACAGCAUUUCCGUGCGCUGCUCUGGUUCGCCAGAAGUGGCUUAGUCAUGCUGGCCACAUGACCCGGAAGCUGUACACCGGCUCCCUCGGCCAAUAAAGCGAGAUGAGCGCCACAACCCCAGAGUCGGUCACGACUGGACCUAAUGGUCAGGGGUCCCUUUACCUUUACCUAUUUUUCUUUAAAAAAAGAAUUUGGUUUGAUGUUUGUGAACUGCUUAGAAGCUACUUUGGCAACUGAGAGGUAUAUAAUAAAUUAAUACUAAUAAUAUGACCAUGAUGGGAGUUGUAGUCUUGAGGGCCAAAAGUUCCCCACUCCCAAUCUAUAGGAAUGCCCCAUGUUAAGACUUCAAUGGAUCUGAUUUGUAGAUUGACUUUUUCUCCUGGCAACUGCUGCCAAAGCAAUCAGUGGUCAGGGUGGUUUGGGGCCGUGCGGCUCAAAAUUACCUGCUUUGGUUUGAAUUUCUUCUGGUAGCGAGGAGACACGAGCCACUGGGCUCCCUCGGCCUGCUGGGCAAGACGGGCGUCCGGGUUGGUUUGCUGCAGCUUCAGAAAGGACAGGAUGUUCUCCACCUCGGCCUGGUAGGAUGAGUCUGCCAUGGUCUUCCCCUUCGCUGCCAACCUACAACCUGCCAUCCAACGGGCAUAUUGCUGUUCCUGGUGAGGGAGAGGAGGAAGACACUUGCCUUACACUGAGUUCGCUCUAGCCCCUCACCCAUCCUUAUACAAGGCUGUUUGGAGGAAGUCAACUGGGAUGGCGUUAGAGCUGAGGUCCAGGCUUUGUGUGGGGCAUUCUUUGUACUCAGCCUGGAAACUGCAGUUAGUGCAGAAUACUGCAGCACAGACUAUUGAGAAAACCAAGACCCUGGCCGCGUUCUUGCCAUACAUUUAAAGUGCUAUGAUACUACUGUAAAUAGCCAUGGCUUCCCCCCAAAAAAUUCUGUAGUUUGUUAAGGGUGCUGAGUGUUGUUCAGAGACUCCUGUUUCGCCUCAAAGAGCUAUUAUUUCUUUAUUGAUUUAUCAAGCUUAUUAGAUUUAUAGAAAAUCUCAGGAUGGUUCACAAAACCCACUUCCAGAGUUCCCUGGGAAGAGGGACUGAUGGUUAAACCACUGGGAAUUGUAAGCUCUGGGAGGGGAACGGCGGCCCACCAGUCAGAGAUGCAGUGCUGCAGUUGCACUGAUUUUAGAUGAUGACUUUCAGGGCUCCUUCCAACUAUGGUAGGGUUGCCAUAGUUCAAAAAGUAAAAACCAGGACUCCCCGAAAAGUUGUUGAGCUUUCUUUUUAGGAAGACCCCAAGAUUGUUGACGUAUGGCAGCCCUAAACUGUGGUUCUAAACCGGGCUUCCCCACCACCCCACUCACAUCCGAACAUCGCAAGUGUACUUCGCUCAUCCCAUCGGGGGAAGGUACCAAGAGCUUGAUGCAAAAUUUCUGGCCAGAGAUGUUGACGUCCGGCACAACCUCACAGCCUGGAGUGGGGCAGAAACAGGGUUAGGAACAGUUAGAAGCUGGCAUACAAUGCUGUCUUCUGCAGAGAAUUGGGACCACUGGUCUGUCUAUCCCUACACUCAUGGAGCUGCACUUUCUCGUUGAGGAAAAGGGCUGGAGGCUCAGGGAUAGAGCAAUUUUUUUGCAGAAGGACUCGGGUUCAAUUCCUCACAUCUCUAGAUAGUUCUGACAGGGACUCUUGGUCUGAAACCCUCGAGAGUCUCUGUGCCAGUCAGCGUAGAUGAUACUAAACUGGAAGGACCCAAUGGUCUGAUGCAGUAUAAGGCAGGUUUCAUAUACAGUGGUACCUUGGUUUACAAACUUAAUCUGUUCCAGAAGUCCGUUCUUAAACCAAAGCGUUCUUAAACCAAGGCACGCUUUCCCAUAGCAGCGGGGGACUCAAUUUACAAAUGGAACACACUCAACAUGUCCUGCUUCCAAGGCAAAGUUCACAAGCCAAAACACCUACUCCCGGGUUUGCAGCGUUCUUAAUCCAAGUUGUUCAUAAACUAAGCUGUUCUUAAACCAAGAUACCACUGUACUCAUAUUUGGAGACGUGCUCCAUCCUUUGUAGGCCGUACUAAUGCCGGGUUGGGAAAGAGGCGUUGGCAAGGUGGCUGGACUCACCUUUGAGGCUGAGUUGCUGCACAGGUUCUCCCAGAGCUUCUUCAGGACUCUUGUAGUAGGAGAUGGAGGUCUCUUUGAAGAUCACCCAGUACUGCUUGUAGCCCUUCAGAGUCAGCUUACGGGGCCUGUAGAGCAAAAAGGGUGACUGACAGAAGGACAUGAGCUUCAUCUCCUCUUCUCCCAGCUAAACACACCCAGCUCUUUCAUUUGUUCCCCAUAAAGCCUUGUGUUCCAAACCCUUAAACAUCCCGGUCAAUUCCACCCAUUUUGCUAAUGUUUUUAGUUGAUCAUAAUAUCCCAGCCCUUCCUGGAGAUGACAGGGAUUGAACCUGGGACCUUCUGCAUGGAAAGCAGGUGAUCUAACCACUGAGCGCCACUGCCCUUCCCCAGGAUCCAUUCCCUCAUGAAACAUAUGGUUUGAUAGCUCACCUGAAUAUUCGGAGAUAAUCCUUUAACUCUGGGAUAACUGUGAGACUGUCCUAUUUUGGAAAUGACAAAUAUGUGUUGUUGUUGUGGUGGUGGUUUUACAUAUUUCCUGUAUUUAUACUGCCUUUCAGUCUCAUGGUCAAAUAAAUAAUAAUAAUAAUACAAACAGCAGAAAUAAAACAAUGCAACAUUUUGGGUUGUCUCCAUCUAGGUUCUACUCCAAGUAGACCCCAUUGCAAUUAAUGAAUGUAAAUUAAGUCUAUCAACUUGGGUCUACUCUGAGAAGGCCUAGCACUGAAUGCAAUCUUUUGGAACUCCAUUCUGGUACUUAUCAGAGAAAUACCACCCCUCUUGUCUUCUGGACCCUGGUGGAAAGACUUCCCUUUUUUAACAAGCCUCUUAAGUGGAGAUCUUUAUUGCCGUCAGUACUGGAUUUGAAAUUGCUUUUUUUUACAUACGAAAUCAAUUGUUUUACACACAGGGCAUUUUUAGCUGUUUACUGAUGAACAUUUGUUUCUCCUUUCAAAAAUUGCUUUUAUAUAGGUAAUGUGUUUAUUUAUUUUACAUACGGAAUUGUGCAAUUGUUUGCUUGUAUUGUGAAACUGCUUUGAGAUAUUUCAUGGGAGGGGAUUCGUAAACGAAAAUAAAACAAAUAACCCAUUUCAGAAAACCCCAAAGGAAAAAGGGAACUAAAUAGCAACAGAAGCAGAAGCAGCAGCUGAUAGAAACCUUGCUGGCAACAACAUUCAGAUCAAGAGAGGGAGGCUCCAGUCAGAAUGCCUCCGCAUAAGGGAAGGCAGGCCCUGUUGGGAACUUACCAGAACGUUGGGAGCUGCGGACGAACCUUCCAGUUUGACCUCCAAGGUGGCGAGGGCCUUGUCCAGGUCGUCAAGGCCAGAGUCGCCAGACUGCUCCACGGGAUUGGUGUUCAAAGACAAUUCAUUGAUAUGAUACUGGAAGGAGCAAAAGCUCUGUGAAUUAGCUUUGUGCAAUACUGAAACUCGAGUCUCAAAACAAAGCUCUGAAUACUUAUUUCCGUAUUUAUAGAACAAUUUAUUUACACCUCCUAGUGCAGGGGCAGGGAAACUUUUUGAGCUCAAGGGCCACAUUCCUUUCUGAGCAACUUCCCGAGGGUCAAAUGCAAGCAGUGGGCAGGGCCUGAGGCAAAAGUGUGGGAUAACCAACCUCAUAUAACCAACGUGUUUAAUAAUAUAAUAAUAAUUUAUUAUUUGUACACCGCCCAUCUGGCUGGGUUUCCCCAGCUACUCUGGGUGGCUUCUAACAAAGAUUAAAAAUACAUUAAAAUGUCACACAUUAAAAACUUCCCUGAUGUCUUUUUAAGUCUAAUUAAUGCACGAAAGGGUUAAUACUAUAGAGUAAGCUGUCCUGCCAGGCUUAGCAAGGUCACAUCCCCUUACCUUGGGAGGAAAUGGGUAAUCAGGCCUAUUUGUUCAACCUUUGGUCUACCAGAGAAGCUCAAGGUGUGAGGAGGUCUGAGCUGGUUGCUGCAGCUCAGAGCACAUUGCUCUUACAAGCCACUGUGGAGUACCUAUACUACUAAUUUAGGAACUUUUAGCACUGUAACUAAGCCAAGUUUUACUUCCUGUGUAACUUUUUCUGAAUGCUGUAUGAAAAAGCACAUGAAUCUGGCCUUUGGAGAGUUUGUAAUUAAAUCUUUUUUUUUUUUUACUUACCAAGUGUGUAUUAUUUUUCUAUGCUAGGGGGAAACUUUGGAAAGGCUAAUUUUAAAGGUCCAGCAACCUAUAUUUCCAUGCUUUACCUUGCUGCAUGUUUUGUGAUUUUAAAUCUCUGCUGGGGUUCUCUCACCAAAGAGAACCCCAAACUUGGAUCUUGGUGUCCAGGGAAUUAUCCUUAUAUCCUAUAUAUACCUAUUUUUCCAUAAACCAACAAAGCGAGUGGAGC